AUGGCUAGCAUUUAUAAUACUUCGCGAUCGCCAGUUCGAGGCCGUGGAAGAGGUCUUCCUCGCCGUCCCAUGAAUAAUGGUCAAGCAGGAGGAAUGGUGGGUCAUCCACCUGGAUUUCAACCACAAGGCGAGUCGGCCGCUCCGCCUUCUUUCAAUGAAUUUCCCCUCUUUUCUUGUAUUCAACGAAGCCGCAAUCACUUGAUGGAUUUCAAACAUUCCAAGCCGGUUUCAUUUAAAAAUUUUGCUCGUCCAGUCAAACUUCAUCGCAAAGACGCCAACCAUAUGCAUUAUCAACGUCAUUUCUUCAAUCCAGCCAACCAAAACAACAAUUCUCAGGAGUUUACAGAAGCCAGUUCAUCGCAAUCCAAACCGACAUCUCAACAGUCUCAACAGCAGCAGCAGCAACAACAACAACAACAACAACAACAGCAGCACGGUCCUAAAACCGGCGCUGAUACCUCAUUAAUCGCCCCUCUUGGUGGCGCUACCCGUAACAAACAAAUGUUAUUUAAAAAACGCACAAAACAAAUCUAUUUGGCCAAAGAAGACACGAGAGAGUUAAAAGAACAAGAACAAAAACCUUGGAUCCUGGAAGAUUAUGAUGGCCAAAAUAGCUUCACGGGUACUCUUGAAGGCGGUCAACGUUCAGAUUACGUAUUCUUUGUAUUAUCUGACAACGGCUUCAAAGUGGUACCUGUCGAUCGUUGGUACAAAUUCCAAGCCAAGCGAAACUUCCGGUCUCUUACCUUGGAAGAAGCAGAGGAGCAGAUCAAAAAACAACAAAAGCGUGAACAGAGCCGUUGGAUGAUGUUAAAACGCAAUAAAACUGAGGAAGAAGAAGAAGCCAAUGCUGCUGGCGGUCCACGCAAACAGCGGUUCCGAAUUGUGGAUAACGAUGGCGAAGGAUCGAAAACUGUCGAAGACGAUGAUAUGGGCAAUCGACAUGAUUCCGAUAUGGAUGAUAUUGAUUUCGAUGAUGUAUUCCAAGAUGAUGAAGAAGGAGGCGUGGAGCACGAAGUGGAAGACGAAGAAUUGAAGGAUAGCAAAGAGCGUCUGAAGCGAGAAACCAAGGGCUAUGUUCCUGGUGGCGAGACGAAUAAUGAUGAAGAUAUGAUGGACUAUUCCAAGCUCACGUCCGAAGGAAAGCAAAUGAGAAAACUUGUGCGCGAUCUGGAAAAGAACCGAGCCUAUGAGAGUGAUGAAGACGAUGAUCCAUAUGCAUCUAGCGCGGAAGAACUGGAGUCAGAUGUGGAAGAAAAUGAACAGCAAAAAUCAGAGACGGAGAGUUCACAAAAGAAACCAUCGGUCCCCAUGAAGAAGAAACCGAUGAUGCCGUCCAAACCAGGUCUGCAGAAAAAGGCUCUGGCCAGCAAGAUGAAGAAGGAAAGUAUGUCGAAACCAAUUGGUCGACCGGGUUCACCUUCGUUGUAUGCAAAGAAAGACCAUCAUCUAUCCACCAGCCCGGCUGGAUCGCGCGAAACGAGUCCCAGUGCCAUCCAGCGUCGGCGUAAAGAUGAUGCCAUGUCGAGUCAAGAAGCCAAGCACAAGCAUAAAUUACCGUCAUCUUCGUCGGCCUCGCCUCGUCGUGGUCCCUCGGCACAAGAGUCGGUCAGCAACGAUGCUUCGGUUGAUGACGAUCUUAUUACUGAGGAGGAAGUGAUUAACACUUUGCGUGGCCGACCCAUGACAACCAAGGAAUUCCUCUUGUGCUUCCGCAAACGCAUCAAGAAGAACGAGCGUAACCGAGCUAUUAUCACCACGUUGCUCAAGAAGGUUGCUCGUCACAACGUCACGGAUGAUCCCAAUACCCGUAUGCUCGAAUUGAAGCCGGAGUUAGCUUAA